AUGCUUUCCUCUGCUCUUACGCUCUUAUCCCUCUCUUUGCUGGGCUCUCGCGCAGCCGCUCAGACAGUUGAGCCAUUCGUUCUCGAUGGCAGACUUGACAGCGCGACUGCCAGCGAUAGCACCUACAACUCUGGUGGCACCAUUUCAGUGAACGGUUACCCCGUCACAAUCCCACAAAAUCUUCAAAUACAAUUUCCUGCUGCCUUUGCUCCAUUUGGGAAGUUUGCCAGCACAGGUGGCUUUGUGGGCCAUGAGGUGUCGGUGACUGGAAACGUUGUCAACGGCAAGGCGAUCGCUGGCCUCGUACAAAUAUCUGAAUAUCUUCUGCAAGCUAGUUCAGGCACUGUUGAGAGCAUCGACUUUGCCACUGGAACAAUGAAGAUCAAGGGCGGACCGACCAUCAGAAUCAACGAUCCCAACGCCGUAUACUCUGUGGGAUACACCAAGUCUGGAUUUUACACCGCUGAUGACGAGAAUCCGUCCAUCACUGCCUUCAGCGGAUUCCCUAUGUGCAUUCCGAGAUCAUCCUCAGACCCCCUUUGUCCCUCGAGCAACAGACCAGCAGGUCGAAGCACCUUUGCAGCACCCGACCCAUUGAAGAUGGCGCCCUUCCAAGUCGGAGACUAUCUCGAGUACUCUGGCAUCAACGACGGUGGCACUAUUGUUUGCUACGCCAUCGUCGCACCUAAUGUACAGAUCACCACAUCUGGUGCACCAACAUACAUCCGUAUUGAGGAUGCUAUCAUUGGCAUCUACGAUGGAGGUGCCACAUCCGAGUUCGGCGAUUCCAGAUUCAUCGGUUAUACUUCUGAUCCGAACGCGGGCAUCUCUGUCUCCGCUAUUGAUGUCGACCCUUGCACGGGAGAGGAGACUGAAAGAAGCGUUGGUGCAGCGUCCUACAAGGCUGGUGAUGCUCGUAACAAAUUUACAUGGAGAGCUGGCACUACCACAUCCUCCAAAUACACCCGCGAAUAUGUCAUUCGUGCAUCGACUGGCGAGAAACUCACCGACAACAAGAUCAAUGCUGGUCGCUACGUUCAACCUGUCCUGGAGUUUUUGUUUCCCGAGCCAAACGUCCCUGGAAUAGUUCCACCGGUAAAUGAUUUCAGCAACAUGCCGUUCCUCGCUCAAGGCCUUGGAAGGGAUGAAGCUGGAAACCUCUGGGGACAACUCAACCCUUGGCCUGGUGCAGGUGCGCCUGCUACAACAAGCUGUGGACCCUACACGCCCCCAACUCCUACUUCCUCUUCUGCCUCCAGCACUGCAACUAAUGCUGAUCCCCCUGGUGCUGCUACAAGUGUACCCACUAUAGCAGUUGGAGGCACCCAGACGACUCGUCCUGGAGUUCAAGUCAAGCUUGGCUUCAAUGUCACCAACAAAGCCGACUUUACAGCCAACGACCUUACAUAUAGCUGGACUCAGGUCAGCGGACCCAGUGUUACUCUUUCAAGCGAUAGUGCUGCCACCCCAUCAUUUACCGCGCCCGCUGGCACAGCUAAAGCAACUUACAUCUUCAACAUCAAAGCCAGCAGCGCAUCAGCAGGUACAAGCGGAAAUGCAAACGUCACAGUCGUUAGCGAUCCUGCUGUUGCAGAUGUUGUUACCAUCGACAGCUACACAUACAACUCUUCAGGAGGCGGUUCUGUUUCGGUCACCGCGAGUACAAACAUCGUGGGCUACAAUGCGAACCUUAAGUUGUAUCUGACAAACACCGCCACUGGCACAGCCACCGCGAUGACUUACAAUGGAGGAGGAAAGUACAGUGUAAAUUUGCCGAAGACCAAGAAGCCAGCCAAUGGUAUUACUGUAGUGAGUGAUGGCAAAGGCAGCAAGAGCUUGACUGCCACAACGGCAUAA